AUGACUGACCCAAAAACCAUUAUUCCAGAAAUGGAAGUUUUUAGAACAGAAGAUUUUUAUGUUUUGAUGAAUAGUGAAUCCAGUUUAUGGUGUAAUCGAAAAACUGGAGAUAUUUCUGUUAGGCCUGGUUGGGAGUUAGCUAAUUCAGGAGAUGUUGAAUGCCUUGGCGUGUUUUUUGGUUUGGUCGGUAAGAUAAGUUUUCAAGCUGAGUCAGAAACAAGAUUAUUGUUAAUAAAAGAAACUGAAGUAGUAGGAGACUUGCCUGAUGGUAGAACAGUUAUCAAAAUUCGAUCUAUUGCCUUUCUUUACCCCUGUGGUCCCGAUGUCAGUGCUGCUGAAAUUGGACUUAAAUCUUGUAAAAAACAUAGAGCUGGAGGAUGUAAUAUGUUCGAACUUUCACAAAAAGCUCCUUUUGCUAAAACAUGGGGCACUAUGAAGUCAGCAGCCAAUUCUUUGAAAUCGACCACGCAACAAGCCGCAGCUCUGGCUUCUUAUCAGGUUAAAGGAAGUUCAAGAAAAGAAGGCAAGGACCGAGAGAAAUUUGAAAAGAGAAUUAUAGAAGAACUCUCACGGCUAUUUACAGAAACUGACUCAUUUUAUUUUUGUCUUGGAGCUCCUGGAAGUAGAACUUGUGACCUUACCAAUUCAUUGCAGACAUUUCAUCAACCAGGAUCAUCAACGGAUGAUAGAUUUUUUUGGAAUAAACAUAUGUUGAAGGAUAUUUAUGAAAUAAAUAAUGAACUUGCAAAAGCAUGGAUUCUACCAAUCAUACAGGGCUAUGUUCAGAUUGAGCAUUGUGCUAUCCAUCGUGAUAUGACCACUUUUGGAGCCAGUCAUUGUGAGAAUUUGACUCUGGCUAUAGUUUCGAGACGAUCACGCCAUAGAGCUGGUACACGUUAUAAGCGCCGAGGGCUCGAUGAGCAUGGCAAUUGUGCCAACUAUGUCGAGACAGAACAAAUAUUAAGUAAUAGCUCACAUACUGUGUCGUUUGUACAGGUCAGAGGUUCUGUACCUUUGUUUUGGAGCCAGCCUGGCUUUAAGUAUAGACCUCCUCCUCGUAUAGAUAAAGGUGAGAGUGAAACAAAAUUGGCUUUUGAAAAGCAUAUGAAGGGCGAGAUUACACAUUAUGGUCCUGUUUGCAUUAUAAAUUUAGCCGAGCAAACAGGGAAGGAGCGGGUGAUUUGGGAAGGUUUCACUCAACAUGUUUUACAAUUUAAUUCAGACCAGGUCAUCUAUGCUGUCUUUGACUUCCACGAGCAUUGUCGAGGUAUGAAAUUUGAAAAUGUCUCACUACUUUUAUCCAAACUGCAGGAUGUUAUUCAAGAAAUGGGUUUCUGUUGGAAAGAUAAAGAUGGAAUAAUUUGUCAUCAGAAUGGAGUGUUCAGGGUUAACUGUAUAGAUUGCCUGGACAGAACGAAUGUUGUACAGACCGCCAUUGGGCGAUCUGUUCUGGAGAUACAGUUAACUAAACUUGGACUGCUUCUGCCUGAAGGACAGCUGCCCACAUCGUUGAAAUCCAAGUUUCAGCUUUUGUGGGCCAACAAUGGCGAUGUCAUUAGCAAGCAGUAUGCUGGAACCAAUGCACUUAAGGGAGAUUAUACACGAACUGGAGAAAGAAAGUUUACUGGGCUGAUGAAAGAUGGGAUGAAUUCUGCUAAUCGCUACUUGAGAUGUGUUGUAUCUGAUGACUUGGAGCAGUUAAGUAUUGAUCUCUGCCAAGGUCAGUUAUCCCCCGAAGGGUUUCCUCCUCCGAACAUUAAUCUGGAUCUUUGGAGGCGGGAUGUAAAGGACAUCCUGUCGUCGAAAGUUUACUCUUAUGAUCCUCUCGCCAAUCAACUCUACAUUGGUAUAACAGCAUUUUCUGUUGCAAGGUACUACCUGAGUCGGUUUAAGGAUGUUUACAGACAAGCGACUAUUGACAUAAUGCAAGGGGAAGCAGUAACAGAGGAAGCACUUGAAGUCGAAACUGAUAUUUCCACAGCUAAUGCUGAGCAUGUCAAAUUACUCAUAGAGGAUUGUAAAAAGCUUCUUGUUUCUGAUUCAUCACUUAUCCUUGGAGCAUGGGGACUCAUCAAUGCUGAUCCAAUGACUGGAGAUCCAACUGAAACAGACAUGGACACUAUCCUCAUCUUGACUAAAGAUUCGUAUUACGUUGCAGACUAUGAUGACGAAGUGGAUAAGGUUGUGAAGUGCCAAAAGGUUAGUUUGAGAGACAUUACAUGUUUCGAGCUUGGACAAAUUGAAGUAAACCCUAGCCAUUCCGGACUGCAAAUAUUUAAUAAGACAAAGGGUAAACCAACCCUUCAGUGCUGCCUACGUAUUCACUACAGCCAUGAUAGCAAAGUAUUUGCUCACGUAUUCAGGUCAUCUCAUCUCCGGUUCUUCAAUAAUGUUGCUAUCCUUAUCAAGGGAGAAGAUGAAAUGAUUGAAUCUCUUAGAGCUAUAUGCGAUGCAUUUAAGAUAGCAAUUGAAAUGGAGCAGACUAAAGAUGCGACUGCAGUAUUUGAUAUUGAUUGGAAGAUAGAUCCUGAAUCUCUCCUCGAGGGAGGUGCUCCCCAGCCGCCUCCAGCUGUUAGGAAUAUGACAGAUUUACAAUUGGACAGUAUCAAAUCUGUAGGUAGUAAAGCUCUCUCUAAUGUUACUUCUAAAUUUAGCAAACUUGGGAACACCCUCAACCCGAAUCGAGUAAAGUCCUCAAAAUCUGUGAAGGUCUGCUCUCCUUCCACAGCUACCCCUGAAUUUUCUGUUGGUUCUGAGGAAAACACAAAAGAGGACAACAAAGGUGAACUGAACAAUAGUUUAAGCCAGUCAGAAUCAUUCCUACCUGCUGUUGGUAUUGUAAUGUCAAAUGUACAGAUUGAUUCAGUUGACCCAUCUGAUGUAGUAAUCACCGAAGAUAAAGAUUCAGCAUUGAAUCCGCCUACACAGUUAAGGUUGCGAACAUUCUCUCAUUCUUCAAGUGAAGUAGAUGAAAAAGAUCGACUAGAAGUGUGUAGCACUGAUAGGACCACCGAGAGAGGCUCAUUGGAGCUGGCUAUCAGUGGCCUAAGCUCAAGCCAGAGCGAGAACGCCCUCAGGUCCUUGAAGAGUGGGUUCAGUCAGGCUGCAGGCACUGUCCUCACAUCACCAUCGGCAGUCCUGUCCCCUCUCACGAGGUUGGCGAAGGGUGUCCUGUCAAGCAAUACACAAGAGAACAGAAAGCAGCAGAGCACUCUCGCUGAGCUGAAGGAGAACUGGACGGCUGUUGGCUGUAAGACCCGACUCAUCGCUAUAUAA